UGCAAGUGCAAAGAGUGCAAAUGCACCUCCUGCAAGAAGAGCUGCUGCUCCUGCUGCCCUGUGGGCUGUGCCAAGUGUGCCCAGGGCUGCAUCUGCAAAGGGGCAUCGGAGAAGUGCAGCUGCUGUGCCUGAUAUGGGGACAGCUCUGCUCCCAGAUGCAAACCAACCUG